AUGGAUAGAACACCAAUACAUGAUCCAUCAAUGACACCAUCACCUAAUACAAUUCCUGUUAGUACAACAAAUAAUCCUUCUAGUCAAAAUUUAUCAAAAACAAUGAUCUAUAUUUGUGGUGAAUGUCAUAAAGAUAAUGAAUUAAAAUCUACAGAUGUUAUUCGAUGUAAUGAAUGUGGUUAUCGAAUAUUAUAUAAAAAACGUACAAAACGAUUGAUCGUAUAUGAUGCCAGAUAG